AUGAAUAUCUCCUUUUUAUUUGUACUUUUAUGCCUGCAGUUGGAUCUAUGUCAUGAUCGAUUCAAAGGAAUUCAUGUUACAAGUGAUUGGCCAAUAAGCUUGGCAGAUUUGAAUUUCUAUUCUGAACAUCUCAUUUUACCAUAUCAUGAGUACCCAGGAGUCAGUCAGUAUGAAUAUUAUGCUGUUUCUACUAGUAGUUAUUACAAUGAUACUCUUAGUCAAGUUCUUCUUGUUGGUUGUAUUAAUAAUACUGUCAUUAGUAUUAUACCAACAGUUGAUCUCUUCAUUCCUAUUGAUGUACAGAAGAAUGGCAGCGAUGAUAUAUUAGUAACUAAAGGUAACUCUCAUACUAUUACACUACAUGAGGGACAGACUCUAUUGCUGGGUAAAGGGAAUGGAAGUGAUAUAUCAGGAACACACUUUAUUUCUAAUAAACCACUGACCGUUACUACUGGUCACCAGUGUGGCAGUACUCCUGAUAUGAUGGAACUCCCUUCUUGUAAUGGUAUGCAGCUGCAAGUUCCUCCAACAAUAACUUGGGGUAUAAGAUUCAUUCUAACAAACUUCAUUAAUUUUCGUUUUGACAGCUCAAUAUACUCUUCUUAUGUGAAGACAGUCACUUCACAAGCCAACACUAGUAUAACAAUACAUUGUGAUGGAGCCACUAACACUACAAGAUACUCUACUAAUGGAGCAAUUGGUACUUAUCAGUACAACAUAACUGGAUAUUGCUAUGUGGAAGCUGAUAAUCCAAUAUUUGUCGUCCUGUUCCCUCAAGCCAAUCUAUACUCUGCUACUACUAUGGUACUAAUACCACCAAUGGAACAAUAUCUUCGAGAGUUUAACCAUCAGUUGAAGGAUUCUCUCCUACAGCUAUUCUACAUAAUGGACUAG